AAGCCGACGUGCGUGCGUGCGUGACGUCGCGUGAGGUAGCUCCGGCCAGGGUCGCCUCGGCGUUUUUUUUCUCCCCGCCCCGCAGUCAUGGCGGCGGAGCAGGAGGCCUUGAAGGGCGGCGGCGGCGGCAACAGUGGCAACAGCGGCCGCAACCGGGGAGGCGUCCAGCGCGUUGAGGGGAAACUCCGCGCCAGCGUGGAGAAGGGAGACUACUACGAGGCUCACCAGAUGUACCGGACUCUGUUCUUCAGGUACAUGUCGCAGGGCAAACACACGGAAGCCAGAGAGCUCAUGUACUCAGGGGCUCUGCUCUUCUUCAGUCAUAAUCAACAAAACAGCGCAGCUGAUCUCUCCAUGCUCGUUCUGGAGUCCUUAGAGAAAUCAGAUGCGAAAGUGACAGAUGAGCUAUUAGAGAACCUGGCAAAAAUGUUCAGCCUGAUGGAUCAAAACUCGCCCGAAAGAGUCGCGUUUGUGUCCAGAGCCCUGAAAUGGUCCAGCGGUGGAUCAGGGAAGCUGGGACAUCCAAAACUACACCAGUUGUUGGCUAUCACAUUAUGGAAAGAGCAGAACUAUUGUGAAUCUCGCUAUCACUUCCUGCACUCCACGGACGGGGAAGGCUGCGCAAAUAUGUUGGUAGAAUAUUCCUCGGCCAAGGGAUAUCGCAGUGAAGUGGACAUGUUUGUGGCGCAAGCUGUGUUACAGUAAGUGUUCCCUUCUGCGCCGGAUCUUUCAGCCA